ACAGACAUGGACGAGUGUGCAUCCAGUCCCUGUGCCGAGGGUGGCACCUGCAUUGAUCUGGAAGAUGGCUUUGAGUGCCUGUGCCCACCGCAGUGGAUGGGCAAGACCUGCCAGAUUGAUGCAAAUGAGUGUUUGGGGAAGCCUUGCGUAAACGCUAAAUCUUGCAAAAACCUAAUAGGCGGAUAUCACUGUGACUGCUAUAAAGGAUGGGCCGGACAGAACUGUGACAUCAAUCUGAAUGGGUGCAGUGGGCAGUGUCAGAAUGGAGGAGUCUGUAAGGAGGUGGUGCGAGGCGGUUACUUGUGCCAGUGCCCGGUCGGCUUUGUGGGCACCCACUGUGAGAUCCAGCGGAACAAGUGUGCCAGCGGGCCGUGUCAGAACGGCGGCCGCUGCCACGUGCUGCUGGACAGCUUCGUCUGCGAGUGCCCACUAGAGUUCAGCGGCACCGUGUGCGAGCUGCCCAACCAGUUGCCAUCGAACCCCUGCGAGUCCAACCCGUGCCGGAACGAGGCGUCGUGCCACAGCAUGCUGGGAGAUUUCUACUGCGCCUGCCCAGAGGACUACGAGGGCAAGACGUGCGCUGACCGAAAGGACCACUGCAGGACCACUCCAUGCCAAGUGAUUGACAGCUGCACGAUCGCUGUGGCAGCGAACAGCUCGGACGAGGGCGUUCGGUACAUCUCCUCGAACGUGUGUGGCCCCCGCGGUCAGUGUCACAGUCAGCCAGGAGGAAACUUCACCUGCACCUGUGACAAGGGCUUCACCGGGACCUACUGCCAUGAGAAUAUCAACGACUGUGUGGCCAGUCCCUGUAGGAAUGGAGGCACCUGUAUCGACGGGGUCAACGCCUUCCAGUGCAUCUGCCCCGACGGAUGGGAGGGCACCCUCUGUGACAUGAACGUGAACGAGUGCAGCAGAAACCCGUGUAAGAACGGGGGCCGCUGUGUGGACCUGCUCAACGACUUCUACUGCGACUGCAGAGACAACUGGAAGGGCAAGACCUGCCACUCACGUGAAAGUCAGUGCGACGCAAACACUUGCAGUAACGGGGGAACAUGCUACGACAACGGGGAUGCGUUCCGCUGUGCCUGCCCCCCUGGGUGGGGUGGCAGCACAUGCAACACGGCUAAGAACAGCACGUGUGCCUCCAACCCCUGUGCCAACGGAGCUACCUGUGUGGGCGGCGUCGACUCUUUCACCUGCAUCUGCAAGGACGGCUGGGAAGGACCCACCUGUGCCCAAAAUAUCAAUGACUGCAACCCCCACCCCUGUUAUAACGGCGGCAUCUGUGUGGACGGAGUCAACUGGUUCCGCUGUGAGUGCGCUCCUGGAUUUGCUGGACCGGACUGUCGCAUCAACAUCGACGAGUGCCAGUCGUCGCCCUGUGCGUACGGCUCCACCUGCGUAGACGAGAUCAACGGCUUCCGCUGCAUCUGUCCCCUGGGUCGAUCUGGCGCCCGCUGUCAGGAGUUCAUUGGAAUCGGGAAAACAUGCCACUACGGCGGCCUGCAGUUCCCUCACGGGAGUCGCUGGGAGGAGGAGUGCAACAGCUGCCAGUGUAUCAACGGCAAGGUGGACUGCACCAAGGUGGUGUGUGGGCGACGGCCGUGCCUGUUGCCUGGGGUGAGGCUGGACCAGCAGCAGCAUCUCCGGGACAACCAGAUGGAGCAGCAUCAGCACCAGCAGCCGCAGCACGCGUGCCCGAGGGGACGAGGCUGCCUUGAGCACAGCUUCCUGACCUGCUUCUCACCGCCAUGCCACCAGUGGGGCGUGUGCUCGUCCCCCCAGCCGCAGGUCGACGUCCACACCAAGUGUGAGCCCAACACGGGCUACCUGGACAACAGCUGUGCCCGCAUUACGCUCAUCUUCAACCGCGAGAAGGUGCCUCCGGGUACAACAGUAGAGAACAUCUGUUCGGAGCUCAGAUACCUUCCAGCCACACGGAACCUGGCCAAAGAGCAUGCCUUACUGGUGCUUUGUGACCUGUCGUAUACUAACCAGGAUGCCGUUGAGGUGGCAAUAUCGUUCCAGCAGGAAGAGCAGCCGGACCACAGUCGUGUCCAGGAGGCGGCUAGUGGCAUCGUCAGCGCACUGUCCAAGCGCCACAACAGCACGGUCAUGCUCGCCAUCAUCGAGGUGAAGGUGGAGACCCAGAUCAUGCCCCAGUCAGUCGACUACCUGGUACCACUACUGUGUGUGCUGUUCUGUGGCCUGUGGGUGGUAUGCAUGGUGGUGUGCGUGUGGUGGAUGCGCAAGCGCCGAAAAGAGCGUGAGAGGCGCCGACGCCACUCCCCCGACGACAACAUCAAUAACCAGUGGGAGCCCCUGCGACCGGUGACCGCCGGUCAGGGACUGGGCUUGGGCGUGGGCGCAGGGCCCAAGGAUAGCAACCUGGAUGCGCAGUACGAGCGCGCCAAGCUCAUGGGCACGCCCGAGCGGAUGUGCGACGGGCGCGAGGACGAGGAGGAGGCCGAGGACGACCUGGAGCUGGGGAGAGGUGGAGGAGGAGGUGGUGACGGAGACGGAGGGAUGAUGGAGGUGGAGCUGGAGCCUGCAGAGGACGGCUAUGGCAAGGAGGAUUCCUGCGGCAAGCUGCGCAUGUACUCUAAGGGGCCAGCGCAGGGCCAGGGGUUGGCCAAAGGAGAGGUGAUCUGCACCACCCGAAGCAGCAGCGGCAGCGUUGGUGGCAGUAGCUGCAACGCCGCCUCGCUCAAGACGCCUCACCGGACCACGGUGUCGGUGGCGGGGGCUCCCCACAGCCCCAAAGACAACCGCUGUAAAAACAUCAACAUGGGCCCUGACCUCAAACACCAUUGUGUAUGAGCCCUCAAUAACAACCCCCCCACCCCUUACAGCAUCUCUACCAGUCCCUUCACCAAACCAUCCCAACAGCCUAUCCCAAACAACCAACCAACCAACUAACUCUGACAGAGAAUCUUAAGAGAGGAGGAGAGGACUCUCACCUCAUUUAAAAAAACAAAACUUUCAGUUUGAAAAGAACUUAAUUUUUUUCCUCUCUUUUCUUGGCUUGACAUUUCUUUUUUAUUUCCAGCAAAUUAGUUUUGCUGUUCAAGCUGAAUGUCGACACGGAGGACUUAUUAUUUUUUUUUUUUUUAUUUAACCUUUUUUUUUUCCUUCUCCUCUCCCUUCCUUUGGCAUUCAUAUUUUUAUUUUUUGUGUACAGAUGAAGCAGAAUUGUAUUUCUUUAUAAUCAGGCAAGACAAAAGAGAGGCCUAUGUUGUUCUAUUGUUUUGGUUUUUCGGAGAGAUGUCCUGCUGUGUACAAGCAGAAAGAUAACUCAUAAUGGAGGAAGAAAAAUAUAAAUGUAUAGAUACAAAAGACAACUUUUUUUCUGUUGUUGUUUACAGACGAUUGCCCCUUGUGUUCAAUUUUUUUUUCUCUGCCAUGGAUUAAUAGGAAGGCUAAGCAGUGGUGGGUUAGGGGGGAACUGACUGACUCUAGGACCCAGCGGAAAGCAGGUGUCCCUUUCUCCCUCCCAACCGCCCUGACUGUCCCCUGUCCGUUUGUCCAGCUCUCCUCGACGAUGCACGCCAGCCUUAUGAAAGUGCGUUGCCCUAGAGGAACGAGAGAUGAUGAAAACAAACUAAAAAAGAAUACUCCUGUGCCUACAGAGUGGCCUUGAUUUACUCACGCCCCACCCCCCUCACUCACUUUAUUCCUUUCUGUUGUCUCGGCUGAAGAAAAAAAAAUAAGAGGAUUGCAGUAUUUUUUUCUUUUGUUCUGUUUUAGUUUCUUUUUGUUUAACUUUUGGUUUGAGCUGGUAGCAAGUGCCUUUCAACAAGCCCCACCCCAAACAACCACCCUCCCACCCACCCAAAGUUAUUUGCGUCUCGCUGCCGAGGUUGUGCCCCCCCCCCCCUUCCUCUAAGACCCCAACCCCACAAGGUUAUUCAGUCUCCAUCAAAAGGGAUAGGGCCAUCGGUUAUGUCAUAUCUCUAUAUUUUCUUGAGACACUCAUCCAAGCAUUGAGGUAUUUGAUCAAAGACAAGACAAGAACAUGUACAUAGAUGUAUAUAAUAAAGGAGUCGCUGUGUAUAUUUGAAUUUAGUAAAUUAAGACAAGUCACACUUUUUUUUAUUAUUAUUAUAAUUAUUAUUAUUAUUAUUACUAUUAUUAUUACUGUUAUUAUGAUUUAAACAUUUUUUUUUUUUUACAAUGCCAUUCCUUUUAUUUAUGCCAGUUCUCACAGGCAGGUUUUAUAACAAAUUAACAGCGUCCCAAAGGCAGAACAGUAUGUAUACAGAGGUCAUCAUUUUAUGUUAAUUUUUGUUUGUUUGUUUUUUUUCACUAUAAGGAGUUAAUGCUUUAAGAUUGUGUGGUGUAUUGUGGCGUGUUUGUUCGCCUCCGUUAAAAGAAAAAAAGUCUCUCCCCUCCUGUCCUCCUUUUGCUGUCAUGGAACGUUCUGGAAACUGGAAAAAAAAAAACUGUGGUGCCAUCACACUAUGAGGGGCGUUAAUCUGAUCUCUCGGACGAUGUGAAAGUUUUUUAUUUUAUUUUACUCAAUCUGCUUUCACCUGUUUUGGGUUGAGGCUUCAUGAAGGGAACAAUUUUUUUUCUGUCGUUGUAAAGCUUUUUUUCUUCUUUUUUUUUUUUUUUUUUUUUUUGUUCGAGGUACCAACCGAUAAAGACAUCUGGAUUACCUCAGAAUUGGCGACAAUGACCUGUGUUUUUUCUUUUUUCUAGCAAUUGUCAUGUUUAAAAAAGAAAGAAAGAAAAUCUCUCUUGGACAGCACCUUGUUUCCAUAUCUGGGAGGACACAAAAUAAAGAAAUUUAAAAACUAUCCCUAACAGCUGUUCAGAAAAGGAUUAUGCAUCACAUUUGGGAAUGGCAGGGGAGGAAUGAGAACUAUAAAAAAAAUGUAAUUUUUGUACAAAAAGAAUUGCUUUGCAAAAGUUAUUUGGUUCAUUUAGUGGAAUUUAUGUUUGUUAUUAGAAAUAAAUCAAAAACUAUUUAUUAAA